UAGAAUGAUCAGACUCAGAACAACUUGAGAGCUGAUUGAAGCAGACUUCUCCAAACAGAUCACGUGACAUAACACGUGACAGUACACUUGACAAUAUGGUUGAGUUAGAUCAGCUGAACAUACACAGCUCACGUGACAUUAUAGCUCGUCAUGGCCUCACCCUACCUGAACUCUUCAACUUUUCUCUUGAGUUCUAUAAAGAAGAGAAGCACCAGUUCAACUUGUCGUACGACCAAAAGAACCAGUUAGCAGCAUAUUACAGACAAUCAACUCUGGGCCCCUAUCAUGCUGAUAAACUUAAUCCUGGUUACUUUGACUUUGUGGGAAAUGACCGAAAGAAAGCGUGGGAAGCGCUAGGAGAUAUCAGCGCUAACGGUGCAAUGGCCGGGUUUUGUAAUCUACUUGAAACUGUGUGUCCUGACUUGGUUCCCUGGAUAAGACACAAGAAACGAGAAAGAGAGGAUAAGAUUGUAGAGAAGAAGAAGGAAGAAGAGGCAAUAAAGAAGAAGGAGCUAGAGGAAGAGUUGGAAGCUAAAAAACUGAUUAACAUUGUGAGGAAGGCUGAUGAACUGAAGAAACAGAGUUUAAAAGAAGAUAGUAGCGACGAAGAUGAUGAAAUGCCUGGCUUGGAAAAGAACGACAGAAGAGUCCACGGCGCUCCACCCACCCAAACAACUUCCACUUCAGAAGUAGCACCUCCCACAUCAGAAGUAGCACCUCCUUUCACAAACACCACCCCCACACUUCAGAAUGGUUCUCAUCACGGCACACCGAGCGUUGUUGAGCCCACCAAGUGUCCGGAAUUAAUACUACCGGAGUCUUCAAACGGUUCUGCCGUCAACGGAGAUACUAAUGAUGCGGUUAAUGAUGCGGUUAAUGAUGUUAGUGCGGUAAAUGGACACGUAAACGGUGUGUUGGAACAAGAUGUAAUAACUGAGACAGCGGAUGUUGGAUUAUUGCCAGCAGUAGAACCACAAACAGUGCCAGAAUCAGACUUAACUCAGACGCCGGAUACCUUACAAACUAAUGAAACUCUAGAAACUGUAGAGGCGGUCAUUGAAGUAGCUGAAACUAGUGUUGUUGUUGAAAUUACGGACAAUUCGGAACCUGUUAACGAUGUCAAAUUGCCAGUGUCUGAGCCUGACGUUACAGCUGAAGUACCUGAAGAGAUUACAUCUGUUUUUCUGACCGAGGUUGUUGAAUCUGGGGUGGAUGUUGAAGAAGGUGGUGAGGAGACAGCUGAUAAAGUAAUAGAAAGUGAAAUCAUCUCUGAUCUUCAGAAUAAGGUGGUUGAGGAUCUGGUUGAGGAAGUGAUUUUUGAAGCUGAAAGUGAAGUAGCUGAAGAAGACAAAGCUGGUGCAGUAGAAGUUAGCCCUGAUGCAGUAGAAGUUAGCCCUGCUGCAGUUGAAGAAGUUAGUCCUGCUGCUGUUGAAGAAGUUAGCCCUGAUGCUGUUGAAGAAGUUAGUCCUGCUGCUGUUGAAAAAGUUAGCCCUGCUGCUGUUGAAGAAGUUAGCCCUGCUGCUGUUGAAGAAGUUAGUCCUGCUGCUGUUGAAGAAGUUAGUCCUGCUGUAGUUGAAGAAGUUAGCCCUGAUGCUGUUGAAGAAGUCAGUCCUGCUGCUGUUGAAAAAGUUAGCCCUGCUGCUGUUGAAGAAGUUAGUCCUGCUGCUGUUGAAGAAGUUAGCCCUGCUGCUGUUGAAGAAGUUAGUCCUGCUGCUGUUGAAGAAGUUAGCCCUGCUGCUGUUGAAGAAGUUAGUCCUGCUGCUGUUGAAGAAGUUAGUCCUGCUGCUGUUGAAAAAGUUAGCCCUGCUGCUGUUGAAGAAGUUAGCCCUGCUGCUGUUGAAGAAGUUAGUCCUGCUGCUGUUGAAGAAGUUAGCCCUGCUGCUGUUGAAGAAGUUAGCCCUGCUGCUGUUGAAGAAGUUAGCCCUGAUGCAGUUGAAGAAGUUAGUCCUGCUGCAGUUGAAGAAGUUCAAACUAAAGAUGCAGUUGAAGUGCAAGAUAAGGUGGUCCAGGACCUCGUGUCUGAAGUGGUGGCUGAGGCGGAAAGUGAAAUAUCUGAUGAAGUUAAAUCUGAUUCGGUAGAUGAAGUUAAAUCAGAAACAGUAGAAGAGGUAAUAGAUGAAACUAAAGUAGAGGAGCCGGCCACCUCCCAGGCCGCCAACCCCGAAGUGACACCAGAGGUCUUAAAUGGAAUCCUGGCCCAGCAUUUUGCAUGUGUUUUAUACCUAAAGCAAAUGAAGGAUGCGGGACACACUUUAACUGCAGAGCAGGAGAGCUACUUGGUUCAGAUGUCUGCUUAUGAAGAGCAGCUCAAAUCUCUGAAGUCCAGAGUAGCUACAGCUGUAGAAACUGCUUCAGUUGAAGCUACUCCGGCUGAAGUUGCUCCGGCUGUAGCUGCUCCGGUAAAAGCUACCCGGUUGACAGCUUCUGUAGAAGUUGCUCCAGUUGAAGCUGUUCCGGUAGAAUUAGUUCCAGUUAAUGCUGCUCCAGAAGAAACAGCUCCGGAAGUAGCCGCUCCGGAAGAAGCAACUCCGGAAGAUAUCGCUAUCCCUGCAUCUGACUCAGACCUUGAUCAGGACACUCUACUGAUACCCUCCAGAAGCGUAUCCAACAGCCAGGAGUCCUUCUCGAUGAUCAGUUCAGGUGAAUCCCUGCAGGUCAUUGAUUCGGACGGCAUGUCAAAGGAGGGAACUGUUCCUGAUUACGCAGAAAUUCUCCUAUCUGCAGAGUUGGCGGAUGGAGCUGAAACUGAAGUAGGGGUUGAGGCAACUGAAGAAGAGGUCCCCGCUGAAGCACCGUCAGAAAUUGAACCGACUAUUGAACUAGAGAUAAUUCCCGUGACUGAAAUUGUCACAAGUGUUGAAACAGCUGCUGCUGUUAAAACAGCCCCCGCUGCAGUUGAAACAGCCCCCGCUGCUGUUGAAACAGCCCCCACUGCUGUUGAAACAGCCCCCGCUGCAGUUGAAACAGCCCCCACUGCUGCAGUUGAAACAGCCCCCGCUGCAGUUGAAACAGCCCCCACUGCUGCAGUUGAAACAGCCCCCGCUGUCAAGCCCACACUUGUUUUAGCAGAACUCCCAGUAAUGGCAGCGCCUCCCCUCCCUCAGUCUCCAGCAGAUGUUGCCGCUCCGGACAACGCCCAGGAAUUGUCCGCUUUAGCGGAGACCCUCCAAAACCAACUACCUGACCCGAACACUGAGCCAGCUGCUGGAGACUCAGACGAGGACUCCGACGGGGAUGUUAGAAUGUGGAGCAAAAGUGGAAUUGAUCUGUUUAUAGCUGAGGUGUCACGUGAUGCGGACUCUGUCCUGAAUGUCGGACGGGGGGAGACUGUGACUGUUAGAAUCCCCACCUACGAGUCCGGGACCGCAUUAUACUGGGAGUUUGCUACUCAGAACUAUGAUAUCGGGUUCGGGGCAAGUUUCGAGUGGGAGGAAGAAGAAGGGGAUAAUAUCGGGACACCCCAGGAUAAGACUCUAGAGAUGACAGUUCGAAGGGAACCAAUACUUCCCAUAUUGCGACGUAGUAGUCACGAGAAGGUAAUAACAGGGUCUCACGCCUUCCCACGUUGUGGCACCUACCUGUUAAUGUUUGAUAAUUCCUUCUCGUUAUUGAGAUCCAAGACAGUUUAUUACAGAGUGUUCUAUACGAGGUAAAGGCUUUUUGUCUUCAAUUUUAUUGAAUUUAUAUAGAUUGGAUAGUUCUAGACGGUUCUAGAGAGUAGACACGCGUCACGUGACACACUGUGUUUAUAGUCGGAAGAUUCGACUGUCCCUCAAAGGAUCGGUCUUCGUGUUUUUGAGCUUACUUAGCCUUAAAAUAACUAAUUUCUUUUUUGAUAUGAAAUAGUUUAAUUAUCUUAAAGUCUAGUAAACUAUUGUGACAAUUUCACCGAGGUUUUAAACUAAAAAGCAAAUGUCGAUAGUUCUAGAAUAAAGAUGGAAGAUGAGGCUCUUUUGUUUCAAAAACCUCAUUUACUUAAAAUGCCUUAUAUGGGCAUCACGUGAGAUAAGAACGCCCGAGAUAAGAACACCCUAGUAGUUAUUUGGAAUGAGUUAAUUUAUGAAUUUAAACCAAAUUGUAAAGACUUAUAAAUAAAGAAACUGUCGCCUAAAUUUUAUUUCGAACAGCAUGCAUUAAUUCCGCACAAUUUGGCGACAGAUGGACAGAGGCAAGAUUUGGGUGCGGCAAAGUUUCGUAAAUUAUUCGAUCUGGUUUUUAGUUAAAUUUUACGAUUUCGCCCUCAAAUAUUGCCUUUGACGAUUAAGAUAAGAAUUGUCAAUUUGGGAUGUAAUAACUCGUUUUUGUGUACACAUUUUCUGU